AUGACAUUUACUGCUGAGGAACCGACAUCUUCGACGUCACAGUUCUUUUCUGGUCAUACGCCCGCGGAUCAGCCGAAAGAGGAGAUAGAUACAAGCACGGCUAAAAUAGCAGAUCUAAUCAAAAGUUUAGACGACACGAAACUUGGCGAGUUCUUUCACAUCGAAGACACAGUAAGGUGGAUUCAAGACAACGGCUACAAAAGAGUAGCCCUUCAACUGCCAGAUCACUUUUUGGGAAGAGCCGCACGUAUUGCUCAAACGAUUGAGGAGAAAGCGGCUGUCAAAGUGUUCAUCUUAGCGGAUACAUCGUAUCGAAGAGCGGAAGAAAUGCAUUUUGUGGGUCCACAGUGGCGAUCACGGAUCUACUAG